AUGAAUCCGAGCGCGCCCAGUUACCCGAUGGCCUCACUCUACGUCGGCGACCUGCACCAGGAUAUCACCGAGGCCAUGCUGUACGAGAAGUUCAGCCCCGCCGGGCCUAUCCUCUCCAUUCGAGUCUGCAGGGACAUGAUCACUCGUCGAUCCCUCGGAUAUGCCUACGUUAACUUCCAACAGCCAGCCGAUGGUAAGAAUUGAUGUUUUAAAGAAAUAAUCGUAUUUUAUAUUUUUUACGGAUGUACCAAUGAAAAUAUAACAUGACGUGGCUCGCACGUUCACGUUGCACCAAAAAUGGCAACCCGUGGGAUGAAUAACAUUAGGUCUAGUAUAGAAUGACGCGCAUCCAGUUGGACUUGGUUUCAGUUCAGCAAACUAUGUAGGCCAACUAGUCAUUGAGUGUCCUAAUUAGCUGUAGCGUUAGGUUCAAUGAUUAAUUGGAGUAUCAGCUGCAUCACUGCUACAAUAUGGUAUUCUUCCCCCACAUACAAUGGAGCAGUUUCCUUCAACAGCAUUCUAAUGGUAUGGCUCCCGAUAUGUUCCUAGCUGAGCGUGCCCUGGACACCAUGAACUUCGACGUCAUCAAGGGGAGACCUCUGCGCAUCAUGUGGUCUCAGCGCGACCCUUCCCUGAGGAAGAGUGGUGUGGGCAACAUCUUCAUCAAGAACUUGGACAAGUCCAUUGACAACAAGGCCCUCUAUGACACCUUCUCAGCCUUCGGCAACAUCCUCUCCUGCAAGGUAGGCUGAGAGAGGUUCUGGCUGUGUGGCUGCCAUAUGCUAUGUUGUUCAGCAUGCCAAAACAAUGCAGUAGUGUUGGUUGAAGUCUGUGUUGAAUUGAGUCUGUUUGAUAUGCAUGAUGUUUUAAAAACCAUUGCCUGUGCUCUUUGAUGUCCUUUCUCCAAGGUGGUUUGUGAUGAGAAUGGCUCAAAGGGCUAUGGCUUUGUGCACUUUGAGACCCAGGAGGCUGCUGAAAGAGCCAUUGAGAAAAUGAACGGCAUGUUGCUCAAUGACAGAAAAGUGUAAGUGUGAUCAGUCCACCUUUAUAAACUUGGACAUAGUAAAUAAUAGAUGGGUCCAACGUUAGUGCAGCAAUAACUCAAACGUACAGAAAUGUAACAGAGUUGUAAAUGGGAACUGGUUUUCAUUUAACUCCUGGUUCAAGAAUGGUUAAAUAAUAGCAGAAUUUGUUUUUGUGUGAGUUCUAACUUUAAUCUUACUAACUCAGGUUUUUCUCAAGUCAACUAAUAUAGAACGGUUGCUCUGUAUCCUUGUGCUCCUCUACUCACUGCCUUGUCAAAAUCAAUACUCUUCCCUGGGGUUUAGUCUAAAUGGUGGUUAAUGUAGACCUACAGUUAUGUAGAUGUAACAAACAUGACCAAGCUCAUGUUUCUCCCCCAGCCACUCUGUUUUUCCCCUCUCUACAGAUCGGUCGCCUUUCUACACACUAUUCAGCUAACAAUAUUAUUUUAACAUACAACAGGUUCGUCGGACGCUUCAAAUCCCGCAAAGAGCGCGAGGCUGAGCUUGGAGCCAGAGCCAGAGAGUUCACCAAUGUGUACAUCAAGAACUUUGGAGAAGAUAUGGAUGAUGAGAAGCUGAGGGAGCUGUUUGGGAAAUAUGGUAAGUGUCUACCACGUUUUGUGUGUUACCCCCAGGGAUGUAUUCACUAGGACGCUACCAGGAUGAAGCGGGGAGGGGCCUACCUCAUUAUGUCCAAUAAGAAAUGUUUUGUCAAAUGUAAUUAAUGAGUCCAGCCCAGAUGUGUUGAUUGUUCCUCUUGUAGUAAAUGUUGGUUCCAUAGAAUUAGAAUUUGAUGCCGUUUUGUGUUGGACUCUAUUGUUCCAGGACCGGCCCUGAGCAUCAGGGUGAUGACGGACGACAGCGGGAAGUCCAGAGGGUUCGGCUUCGUCAGCUUUGAGAGGCAUGAGGAUGCUCAGAGGGUGAGUUGGGCCAUACGUUUCCUUAUCAUCACUGUCUGGAUGUUCAAAAGGGCUGAGUGUCCUGGAGAACAGGGUUUUUGACCUCAAUCUGGAUCCGUAUAUUCUCUCUUCAGGCUGUAGAUGAGAUGAAUGGGAAGGAUUUUAACGGCCGCCAGGUGUACGUGGGCCGCGCCCAGAAGAAAGGAGAGCGCCAGACGGAGUUGAAACGCAAGUUUGAACAGAUGAAACAGGACCGCAUGACCCGCUACCAGGGGGUCAACCUGUACGUCAAGAAUCUGGACGAUGGCCUUGACGAUGAGCGUCUAAGGAAGGAGUUCUCUCCCUUCGGUACCAUCACCAGUGCCAAGGUAACCUUCCUGAGUCAACAUCACCCUCUGAUUGAACAUUACCUGGAGAUGUCAGGAGAAACUUGGGGAUUACAAAUGUAGAAUUGCAUUGUUAACUUACAACUGUAUUAGCACAGUGUGAAAAUAAGCUCCACUAUAUCAGUUGUCUGGGAAGAGAGAGAACUGCGUCUACAGUAAUGUGGUGUUAAGCUUAUUGCCUGCUCUGCAUAGCAGAGUGUCUACAGUAAUGUGGUGUCUACACCCGCUGUCAUUCAGGUUCAGAUACCACUUUAAAAACCACUGUAUCUAAUGUACCUCUCUAUAGGUGAUGAUGGAGGGUGGCCGCAGCAAGGGCUUCGGCUUCGUGUGCUUCUCCUCCCCCGAGGAGGCCACCAAGGCUGUGACGGAGAUGAACGGGCGCAUCGUGGCCACCAAGCCGCUGUACGUGGCGCUGGCUCAGAGGAAAGAGGAGCGCCAGGCUCACCUCACCAACCAGUACAUGCAGAGGAUGGCCACCGUCCGGCCCGUACCCAACCCAGUCCUCAACCCCUACCAGCCUGCCCCUCCCUCUGGGUACUUCAUGGCUGCCAUCCCCCAGACUCAGAACCGUGCUGCUUACUACUCCACCAACCAGCUGGCUCAGCUGAGACCAGGCCCACGCUGGGCCACCCAGGGUGUCAGACCACAGCGUAACUAUCUACAUAGUUGACAUUUUAGAAUUUAACUGCUAUUUUGGUGUGUCCAAAUCACUAUUAGUCAACAGUUCCACUGGAGACUAGAACCUAAUUCUCCAUCCAGGAAGUUGUUAGAUUUUUAAUGAUCCCUUCUACUUCCAGACUUCCAGAACAUGCCCAACGCCAUGCGUCCGUCCGCCCCCAGACCCCAGACCUUUGGCGCCAUGAGGCCCUCGUCAUCUCAGGUGCCCACGCAUGAUGGCCGGCCAGAGAAUGGGUGAGUUUAGCUGGUGACCCAGCCCUGCACAUAGCUUGGAGAUUUUCACAACCACCUCUCAUCUUGCUACCAUUUACCUGAUUAUACUGUCUGUUAAAGGAUUUUUAAGCCUUGAGACAAUUCAGACAUGGAUUUUGUAUGUGCCGUUCACAGGGUGAAUGGGCAAGACAAAAUAUUUAAGUGCCUUUGAACAGGGUAUGGUAGUAGGUGUCAGGCGCACCGGUUUGUGUCAAGAACUGCUACGCUGCUGUGUUUUUCCACGCUCAAUAGUUUCCCAUGUGUAUCAAGAAUGGUCCACCACCCAAAGGACAUCCAGCCAACUUGACACAACUGUGGGAAGCAUUGGAGUCAACAUCCCUGUGGAACGCUCGACACCUUGUAGAGUCCAUGACCCGACAAAUUGAGGCUGUUCUGAGGUCAAAAGGGGGUGCAACUCUGUAUUAGGGUGGUGUUCCUACUGUUUUGUACACUCAGUAUGUCUUGAAUAUAUGAAUCUCUCUUGGAUGUUGAGCGACUUCCUCCUCUCUCUCCUCAGCCACCCAGGCCCUGGGCCAGCGUCCUACCGGUGCGGCGGCUGCAGCCCCAGUGAGGAUGCCCCAGUACAAGUAUGCAGCAGGUGUGAGGAACCCCCAGCAGCACAUGGCCAGCCAGCCCCAGGUAAUGCAGCAGCCUGCUGUCCACGUCCAGGGGCAGGAGCCUCUGACUGCCUCCAUGCUGGCCGCUGCUCCUCCCCAGGAACAGAAGCAGAUGUUGGGUGAGUCUAAAGUUCCUCUCUUCUCUUUUACUGGCCUUCCGAUCUCCAGCUCCUUCAGUUAAAGGUGCUACACAUUGAAUUUAUUAGAAUUUGUGCGUUGUAAUUUCAGAAAAUGACCAUAAUAUAUCUGCAGUAAUAAUGGAAUGAUAGUUUUUCACUGUUACUUACCCAGCAGUGUUGUGAUUGGCUGUGAUAUUGCCAAUUGAUUUCUCCCGCCAUUUCCUGGUUGCUAAAAUUCUAAUAGUUAGCCUAAUUUCAGUUUAUGUGACAAAACAAGCAUUAUUGUGUAGAGAGUCAUUCUACCGCUGUGAAAUAUAUUUUCCAUAACCAAACAUAUUGUAUUUUCAGCUGUUUGAAGCUGGUGCACAAAACCAUAAGUAAAAGACGCAAAAAUUAAACGUUUAUAACGGGAAGCAUAGAAAUAGCGCACACAGAACAGAUCUACUGCUUCUUAGACUUGCUUUCAAUGAGAAUGACAGAUCGAUAACUCACAUUUCUAUAUUAAUUUUGACGGUUCGCCCAAAAAGUUGCAUAUUGCAGCUUUAAAAUACGAUCAACAUUUAGGUGCUCUUUGUCAAUGAUGUUUUCAGUAGAAAUGUCUGAACAUAUGAAUUUCAGUGAUUCUUAUUUUUUGACUGAGACAAGACCCCCAACCUAUUACAUGCGUGAACACUGGAUGAGGAAUAUCUGUUGGCCUAUCUCCUGGCCCUAAAUGGCUGGUGAUCCUCUUUCUGUGUCUGGGUCUUUUCCUGAUGGUGGAUUCUCUUCCCCCACUCCCUCUGCAGGUGAGCGUCUGUUCCCCCUCAUCCAGAACAUGCACCCCAGCCUGGCUGGAAAGAUCACUGGUAUGCUGUUGGAGAUAGACAACUCUGAGCUGCUCCACAUGCUGGAGUCUCCCGAGUCUCUCCGAUCCAAGGUGGAUGAGGCUGUUGCUGUGCUGCAGGCCCACCAGGCCAAGGAGUCCGCCCAGAAGCCCACCAACCCUGCUGGAGUCCCCAGCUAA